GUAGGUGUAAGAGAAGGAAGGGAGACGAAGUUGGCGUGGGAGAUGUAAAGUCAAGUUGGGAUUCGUAACUGUGGGGGUUGAGUAUGACGUGGUUCCAUGAGUAUCGUGGGUUGCGGGAUUUUAAGUCAAUUAGGGUGACCUGGAAAGUGACCUGGAGCAGGAGCGAUAUAAGUAAUUUCUUUUGACCUUAAGUAAAUCAGUUAGAGUGGCCUGAAACAGGAAUUCGAUACAAUUCAUAUCGAAAUUUUGAUUCAUAUCGAAUUAUUUGCUAGUGGGAUACUUAGUAUGCUGUAUAGGGAAGUAUUGCAUUUUGAUAACAUUGCUGAAGAGUAAUUAGUGAAAGAAAAGGUAGAAAUUUGUUAUUCAAGAGCUGUAGUUCUUUUAGAAAGAUUUUAAUAAUAUCACUCUGAUAUAGAUGUAAUGGAAAAACAGACGUGAUUUGGAUCUCUUUAAUACUCAGCAGUUUAGAGAGUUAUCUCGAACUAUUGAAAUAACCUGAAGGUUUCGCAUAAUUUGAAUAUGCAUCUGUAGAUGAGCUAGUUGAAAUAUACACAUAUCUCUGUCGUGCUUUUUCAGUUAACGAAUACUUUCGAUAAUUACGUUGCAUCUGUUAUAAAAAAUGCCGUUAGCACGAGAUUUAUUGUAUCCAGAUCCUCAAAAGGAACGAGAACGAUGUAAGUUGAAGAGGUUAGUACAGCAACCGAAUUCUUUCUUCAUGGAUGUAAAAUGCCCAGGAUGUUACAAAAUUACAACAGUAUUCAGUCAUGCUCAAUCCGUGGUAGUUUGCGUUGGAUGUAAUACGGUACUUUGCCAGCCAACUGGUGGAAAAGCCCAUCUAACAGAAGGAUGUUCAUUUCGGAAAAAGCAGCAUUAAACAUAGAAAUUAUUUCUCUUGUUUUACAUUGGAAAUACUAUUUAGUCUAACUUUUGAGUUGUUAUUCUUUACAUCGUUAAGUUGUUUGACAAUGAUUAGGCAGUGUGAAUUGCUGACCACUAAAGUCUCAUCAUUAGAAUGGAUUUUGUCCGCGGGAGGAGUUGAGUUCUGGUAUAAAAUGGUGCAGGUUCAUGAAUUUUAAAAAUGAAGUUCAAAUUUUAGUAAGCACAACGCAUUUCUUUGCAAUCAGUGGUAUUAUAGUUCUAUCUGCAUGAUUAAUUUCUUGGUGUAUUUUGUUAACAUGAAAAUAAACGCCG